AUGCCUGCAGCUUUGGAAGACCCUACGCAACCUCCUCACUACCGACCCGACAUUAUGGUCCCGGAGAUUGCUCCUCUAACCAUCCUCCUUAAGGAUGGCGAGACUACCGCCACAAUCUACCCUAUUUCUCCUUCAGAGCAGCUUCCUCUCGGUCUUCUCGCCUUUCUCUGUGACGAGUUUAACAUGGAAAUCGAGCGCGGAGACACAUACCCUCUUUUUGAUACCCUUCAUAUUGAUACCUUUCAAAACUAUUGGUUUGGCUCCUUUGCUGGCGUCAUGCUGCUCGGCGACUCGCCCACCAUCCAGCAGACCCGUCAGUGGGAAAAAGAAUGCCUUGGAACCUUUUACGUCAAACCAAACUACCCAGGUCGUUGCUCCCACAUUUGUACCGCUGGUUUUCUCGUUAAUGCCGGGAUCCGCGGAAAGGGUAUUGGCCGUACACUUGCAGAAUGUUACCUUGACUGGGCCCCCAAGCUCGGCUAUUCUUACUCUGUCUUUAACCUAGUCUUUGAAACAAACAUUGCUGCUCGUCGUAUUUGGGAAGCUCUUAACUUUAAGCGAAUUGGCCGCGUCAAGGAGGCCGGAAUUCUCAAGGGCCAUGAAUCUGCCGUUGAUGCUAUCAUUUACGGUCGUGAUUUGGGCGAUGCCCAGGAAGACUUUAUUGAAAUGCGUUUUGACAAAAUUAAGUAUUACCUCGAAACGGGCCGCUAUCCACCCCAAUCUGACCGCCAGGAAAAGUCUCGUCUUCGUUCCUCAGCUGCUCACUACAAGCUUCUCGAUGGAAAACUUAUGCUUAAGGAUAGAGAGGUCAUCUCGGACCCCGUUCGUCAGCUUCAAAUUGCAACAGAGAUUCACCACCUGAACCAUGCAGGUAUCAACAAAACAACUUCUCAGAUUGCGGAACGAUACCAUUGGACCCGCAUUAAAGAAACCGUCGGUAUGGCCAUUAGAAACUGUGCAGAAUGUAGAGAGACAACUCGCCCGCCACCUAAACGCGUUCGCCGCGAACCACCCCAUAGCCAGCAGGCCCAACAUUCGCAGCAGUCUCAACAUUUGCAGCAGCAGCAACAUCAACAUCAACAGCAGCAACAACAACAACAGCAACAACAACAGCAACAACAACAGCAGCAACAGCAGCAGCAACAGCAACAGCAGCAACAGCAGCAACAGCAGCAACAGCAGCAACAGCAGCAACAGCAACAGCAACAGCAACAGCAGCAACAGCAACAGCAGAAACAGCAGCAACAGCAACAGCAACAGCAUGGAACAUCAGAUGCUUCAGGCCCUAAUGAAACUAUUAUAAUGGACAUGUCUACCGUUGGCGUCGGUCCAAGUGGACACCAACAUACCCCGCACGGCCACCAUCAUGGUCUUGUUACCGCUUCUUCUACCCCGUCCAAUAACUCAGUCGUUGCUCUUGCAUCGUCUUCUUUAAUGGGCACCCCUCAUCAUCACCAGCACAUUCAGCGCAAUCCCAUGCACAACCAUGCAACGCCUUCUGAUCAAGGUUCUUCUUCUGGGUUUACACACAGUGUCCAUCAUGAACUUGAUUCUCAGGCCCAGCGACACAUCGAUCAGCAGCGACAGCAACAGCAGCAACAACAGUCUAUUAACCAGCCAAUUAACCCAGAGCUGGUAUCUGUCUCGCAAACCACACAAAUGACCCAAAACCAUCCUCUUCACCACUUGAGUGGUCUUGCAUCACAAGUACAGCAGCAACAACAGCAACAGGCCCAGCAAACACAAGACCUGUUAUCAAGGUCCCAACAACAACAGCAACACGAUUAUGAUGGGUUUCGCCAUAUGGAACCUGGAAGUGGUGCUCGUGCAGAAGCCAUUGCUGCUCAAGCUGUUGCUGAGAUGGCUCAUCAGCAACUACUUCAGCGUAAUAGACAGCAGCAACUGGUUCAGACUAAUGAUUUGGACCUUGAUUCACGUGCAAAGCUUAUGAAGCAGCAUAAUUUAUACCUCGAUUCCUCCAGUGUUGUGCCAUCCAAACAACCAUCGUCACAGUCGCAGCAACAAUCGCAAGCUAAUCAAGGGUCUGCAGUACAGAGCCCAAUGGAAGGCAUUGCUUCCACAUCACAAGAAGAUAUUCCUGUGGACCCUCAGAUUGAAUCAGAGUUUGAAUCAUCUGUACAGCGUGAUGUCCAACAGCAGCAACAACAACAGGCUCAGCAACAGACUAGACAGGCCCAGCAGCAACAACAGGUGCAAAAUCAACAGCAACAGCAGCAACAGCAACAGCAGCAACAGCAGCAACAGCAACAGCAACAGCAGCAACAGCAGCAACAACAACAACAACAACAACAACAACAACAACAACAACAACAACCACAACAACAGGUCGGAAACUCUCUUGGCAAGGAUAGAAACCAACAACAAAGCAUACAAGUUCAGCAGCAAAGUCAGGGUGAUCUUUUGCGUGACGCAUUGCUGCAAGCUACAGGUUCCGGUGAUGAUGAUGACGACGUGAAACAAGACACUCAACAAAACCUUGGCUACGAAGACCAACAAGAGCUUGUGGCAGCUGCAGCAGCCGCUGUUUCUGCAGCCGCUGUUUCACAAGGCGACCUUAACCCUAAUGAUUUAGUGAACGUGGGUGUUGGUGUAGGCGUAAGCGCAAAUACUACCGAGGUUACUACAUCGACGACCUCUGAGGAGGUUGCAGCAGCAGCAGCAGCAGCAGCAGCAGCGGCGGCGGCAGCAGCCCGCGACAUGGAAGAGAUUGCGCGCGUUGCGGAACAGGUUGUGGAGCAAGUGCAGAUACCCGAGAGCAUCAUGACGGACGAUGAUUUGGUAUCACAGCUGACUGCAAAGGACGUGGUGGUGCACGGGCCAUCAUCUUCAGAUCACACAGAAGCAAGUGACAAUGAAGCCAAUUGUGGUGAUAGCGAUGUCGACGACGUUGUUGAUGUUGACACUGUUGGUGGCCACGAGGCUGACCAGAACCACGCGGAAAAUGAUGACGAACAUGACGUGCUUGUACAGCAACAAGAUGGCGAGGUUUCGACCGAAGUGGACGUUGAGGCAGCAGCAGCAGCAGCAGCAGCAGCAGUAGCAGCAGUAGCAGCAGUAGCAGCAGUAGCAGCUGCUGGCAACGGUGUUGAGGAGGACGACGAUGGUCACGACUUGGACCACGGCGAUACUGGCGUUGAAAAUGAUGAGGAAAAUGCUAUCUUGGUUGCCAACCACAAACCUCCCAGUGAUGUAACCAGCGAUAAUGAUAUUGACUUGUAG